AUGUCCGAGUCCACCACCUUUGAGCUUGACGGGUUGCUCGACGACGAGUUCUUGGAGCCGGAGCCGGAGCCCAAGCUGAACCUCUUUGACUUCCCCGAGAGUCUCGAGAAGCGGCGCCCCCCGCGCCGCGCCGCCCCGGUGAAGCUCCCCCAGAGGCCAGUGGCCAGAGCCAGCAAGGCUCGAGAUGUUCAACCGCUCUUGGCUAAUGCCGGGGGCCCCGCGAAGUCACCCCAUCGGAGACCUAGUUCAUCUGAGCCCAGACCCAACCCUUACCAGCCGCAGCUCCCCCAGACGUCCACCAAGUCGGCCAAGUACCAGCCAACGAGCCCGGUGCUGGACAGAAGACGGAGUUACCUCCCAGACAAGGCGCCGCCAAGGGCAACCCCACAGCCAGACAAGGCGCCGCCCCCAAAGGCUGCACUGGUGCCAGAGACCAACGGCGCGCCAGUGUCAACCCCAGUGCAGCCUGAGACCAACGGCGCAAGGGCUGCAGUGGUGCCCCCUUUUGAGACAGGCCCCAGGCCAAGCAAGCUUGAGCCGCAGGUUGAACCAAGCAAUCCUCCGGGGAAGUUUGAGGCGCAAGUCGAGCCAAGCAGUUUUCCGGCACCUCCCAAGUUCCACCCGCAGGUGGACCCAAGUGUUCCUUCCAUCAGGCUGUUGCUGCCGGGACCCCUGGAGCGCCCCCCGCCCAGCUCGGUCGCGCUGUUGCUGCCCCGCGCACUCAAGUACAGGCCCGCGCACUCGUACGAGCUGUUGCCGGAGAAGUUGAACCAGUUCAUGCCCUUGGACGAGCUCAGCCCAAAGUCGGUGAGAAGCAAGACCCAGUUUGAGGUAGACCACGCGAGCGAGGAUGAAUUAGUUGAUUGGUAUGGAGCUCGAGACAGCUCUCGCUCCUGGGUUGGAGGAAGGCCAGCCGAUUGGUGUACUCGAAAGUUGGCUGAGGCAAGUCGGUCCUUCACUCUUUGUAGUUCUGAUGUUUAUCUUUGUCAAGUAAGUACUGUGUUAUACUCCAACUUUGCAGGGUGUAGAGAAGCAAUACAAGGCCUUGGAGGUGCAAUUGGUGACUGUUUCACCAUGGGGUUUCAUCGUGAAAAUCAGGAAUUGGCUCAACCUCGGAUUGGCUCCAAUUCUGCCAAGUUUCAAGACUUUUCUCUAUGGCUAGAUUCCGAGCAAAACCCAUCUACUCGAAAACCCACACCUUGUGUUGGUGUUGUCCCGUAG